CUUCACCUUCCAUCUUUGAAAUGAGAAAGUGGAAGGAAGAUGAUGAACAUACCCUUUUCAGGGGACCUCUAUGCUGUACGUAGAAUGGAACGGAAUGGAAUGGAAUGGAACAGAGUGAAUGGAAUAGAAUAGAAUAGAAUAGAAUAGAAUAGAAUAGAAUAGAAUAGAAUAGAAUAGAAUAGAAUAACAAAGUUGGAAGGAAUCAGCUCUGAUUCCUGUCCCACAACCUCUUUUAACAUAGGAGCAGUUGGGGCACAUUAUUAGUGAUUAAUGGGAUGUGGAUCACUUCUUAGAACAAGACCUGAUGUACAUACAAGGUGCACAUAUGCAAUUAUCCAGAAGAAUAAAUACGUCUCUGCUGGAAUCAAGAAUUAUGGUUGUUUUGUUCAGUCUCACUUCUUUGGAAUCUAGAUUAAAUCUAUUUAAACAAUUAAAGCUAUUUUUCUUGUUAAAAAAAAAAGACUUGACUGCAAUCUAUAGACAAAGGAAACGUGUGGUAGCGUAGCUACUGCCCAGGAAGUGGUUUGUUUAUUUAUUUAUGAGACAUAUACUGUUUUAAGUGCAAGCACUCUCUAAGCGGUGUACACCAGUAAGCAAUGUAUAUGUAUAUUUUUGGUUCUCUAAAAUUGGGGUGCCUUUCCCUUGCUAAAAUGUUAUUUGCAAUUUAUUUAUCUAUUUGUACUUUGAUGUGUUAGAUUCACCUAUCCACCAGGAUUUAAACCACUGAUGGUUUCAAAGUCCAUACUUGCCUGACUACACAUACAUAGAAACUCUCUUUUUAUGACCUUGUACUCCCUAUUCAGGGUAGAGUUGGAGGUGACUAGAUGGAGCUGCGCAUUUACUGGCCAGAUGCCCUUCCUGGCGCCACACGGAGUUCACAGUAGAUAUUUUUUCUUUGUGUCCUAGGAAACAAACUCCUGCCACUUCCUAGGAUUAAACUCUCAACCUUCUGAAUGAGAGGCGAGCGCCUUCACCACUAGGCCACCAGGCUGCUUAUGACCACAAAUGCAUAAAUCUCUCCCAAACUGAGGGUCUCUUGCCCAAGGUGGCCCCACCCGCCGUGGUGGAUGGACUUGGCCAUUCACAGCCUUAGGGAGCACCUGAAGAGCAGAAGACUCACCUCUGUCUCCUUUGCCUUCUCAACAGAGGAGCAGUUAUGGCGGAGAAGAGCCUUGAUCCCACCUGUGUGUCCAUCUCCCUGGAGGACUCUGUCUGCAAUGCUGGAUCUCAGGACGGCUCCUUCCUGACCACUCACCUGAAAAAGGUGGAGAACCACAUCACAGAUGCGCAGAGAUUCUCCCAUUUGCCCAAGCGGUCAGCUGUGGACCUUGACUUCAUUGACCUGUCGUAUUCGGUCCGGGAAGGUUCCUGGUGGCGAAAAAGAGGAUAUAAGACGCUGCUGAAAUGCCUCUCUGGAAAAUUUUGCCCCCGGGAACUGAUUGGUAUUAUGGGACCUUCUGGAGCUGGGAAAUCUACCUUGAUGAACCUCUUGGCUGGUUACCGGGAAACAGGCAUGAAAGGCCAAAUUCUUGUGAACGGACACCCAAGGGAGCUGCGCACUUUUCGUAAGAUGUCAUGCUACAUUAUGCAGGAUGACAUGCUGAUGCCCCUUCUCACCGUGAGGGAAGCCAUGAUGGGUUCAGCCAACCUGAAACUGAACGAGAAGCAAGAAGUGAAGAAAGAGCUGGUGAACGAGAUCUUGACUGCCUUGGGACUCCUGGAAUGUGCCCACACCCGCACCUCCUCUCUCUCUGGAGGACAACGCAAGCGACUUGCCAUCGCUCUUGAGUUGGUCAACAAUCCUCCAGUCAUGUUUUUUGAUGAGCCCACCAGUGGACUGGAUAGCAUGUCCUGCUUCCAGGUGGUCUCCCUCCUGAAAUCCUUGGCCCAAGGGGGCCGCACCAUCAUCUGCACCAUCCACCAGCCCAGCGCUAAGCUCUUCGAAAAGUUUGACAAGCUCUACAUCCUCAGCCAAGGACAAUGUAUCUUCAAGGGAGCUGUGUCCAACCUCAUCCCAUAUCUAAAAGGGCUUGGCUUGCAUUGCCCCACCUACCAUAACCCAGCUGAUUUCAUCAUUGAGGUGGCCUCAGGGGAGUAUGGCGAUCUCAACCCACUCCUCUUCCAAGCCGUCCAGAACGGACUGUGCACCAUGGAAGAGGAGAAGAAGAGCGGUCCAGAGAAGAUGGAUUCCUUGGUGCCAGGACCUUGCGUGGCGGAUUUGGAUCACAUCGAGAGUCACACCUUUGCUACUAGUACCCUGACUCAAUUUUGCAUUCUUUUCCAGAGGAGCUAUAUUUGCAUCCUAAGAGACACGCUCCUCACCCACCUGAGGUUCAUGUCCCACAUCUGCACGGGGGUGUUGAUCGGCCUGCUCUACCUACACAUCGGCAACGAUGCCACCAAGGUCUUCAACAACACCGGCUUCCUGUUCUUCUCCAUGCUGUUCCUCAUGUUUGCCGCUCUGAUGCCCACAAUUCUGACUUUCCCUCUGGAGAUGUCCGUCUUUCUGCGAGAACAUCUCAACUACUGGUACAGCCUAAAAGCCUACUUUCUGGCCAAAACCGUGGCAGACGUUCCUUUUCAGAUCAUCUACCCCAUCAUCUACUGCAGCAUCGUCUACUGGAUGACGGGGCAGCCUCCGGAAGCCACCCGCUUCCUGCUCUUCUCAGCCCUGGCCACCUGCACGGCCUUGGUGGCCCAAUCUGUGGGUCUCUUCAUCGGAGCAGCCUCCAGCUCCCCGCAAGUGGCUACUUUUGUGGGUCCUGUUUCAGCCAUUCCAGUCCUUCUCCUUUCUGGCUUCUUUGUCAGUUUCAAGACCAUCCCUACCUACCUUCGGUGGAGCACCUACGUCUCCUAUGUCAGGAACUAUAGCAUGUGGAUCAGUCUCAAGACUUUGGAAGGCUUAAUAGGAGUGUGGGCUGCAUAGAACUUGACACCAGCACCCCACGCCUGGCAAUGGGACGGUUUUUAUAUCUUCCCUUCCUCCCAGUCCCCGAUUGGCAUCCUUUCCCAGAUCCCUUCUUUCCUGAGUCCUUUACAAAAAAACAACCACCACCAAAUAUCUACCCAGCUUCUUUUGCAAGACCUGCAGCAGACACCGGAAGGAGCUUCAGCCCAUGGGAUCCGCCUGUCUCGCCCACUGCAGGGCAGGGGGGCCCCCCCGCCUUGAGUGGCAUUUUGAAAACCUGCUCCUUGGGGGGGGGGGGAGAGCAGGUUGUGGGCAGCUGACCGAUUCUGGAGAAACAAAGGCGGCCGCCACGGAUGGCAUAAAACCUUGUUGCAUGAAUCAAUUGAAAAAAACAAAACAAAGGUGGCCCUUGGCUUACAACAAUUCCUUUAUUGACGGUUCAAACUUACAACGGCGUGGACAAAAGUAACUUAGGACCGUCUUUCACACUUACGACCUUUGCAGCAUCCCCACUGGCCAUGUGAUCAGACUUCGGAUGCGUUAGCCACUGACUCAUAUUUACGACGGUAGCGGCGUCCCAGGGGUGGG